CUUGUACAAAAGCCUAAAAGCAUUUAAAGUUUGCAGAAUGAAAAGAUGGCACAGGCAAUGCUGGUACCACCAGGAUCUGACAGCUUCUUCUAUUUCACCAAAGAAUCUCUUGCAGCUAUUGAAAAACGUAUUGCUGAUGAAAGGUCUCAUUGUGACAAAGAUGAGCAUAAAGAUGAUGGUGGUCAUGAAGAAAAUCACCCAAAACCAAGUAAUGACUUGGAGGCAGGAAAGACACUGCCAUUUAUUUAUGGUGAUAUUCCUCCAGGAAUGGUUUCUGAGCCCUUGGAGGACCUGGAUCCAUAUUACAUCAAUAAAAAAACAUUUAUAGUAUUGAAUAAAGGAAAGACGAUCUUCCGGUUCAGCGCCACACCUGCCUUGUACCUUUUCUCUCCUUUCAAUAUUAUUAGAAGAAUAGCUAUUAAAAUUUUGGUUCAUUCAUUAUUCAGCAUGCUCAUUAUGCUCACUAUUUUGGCAAACUGUGUAUUUAUGACCUGGAGUAACCUUCCAGAAUGGACAAAGAAUGUAGAGUACACCUUUACUGGAAUUUAUACUUUUGAAUUUCUGGUAAAAAUCCUUGCAAGAGGCUUCUGUAUAAAUGAUUUUACUUGCCUCCGUGACCCCUGGAACUGGCUUGAUUUUAUUGUCAUUUCCUUUGCGUAUAUAACAGAAUUUGUAAACCUAGGCAAUGUUUCAGCUCUUCGAACUUUCAGAGUAUUGAGAGCUUUGAAAACUAUUUCUGUAAUCCCAGGCUUGAAGACUAUUGUUGGAGCCCUAAUCCAGUCAGUGAAGAAGCUCUCAGAUGUAAUGAUUUUGACUGUGUUUUGCCUGAGUGUAUUUGCACUAAUAGGACUGCAGCUGUUCAUGGGGAAUCUGAAGAAUAAAUGCUUGUUUUGGCCAGCAGAAAAUUCCUCAUCUUUUGAAAAAUACCUAGCUCCGUACUUUAAUGAUACAGUGUUUGAUUGGACAGCAUACAUUGAGAAUGAAAAUAAUUUCUAUCGCAUAGAAGGACAAAAGGAUUAUCUGCUUUGUGGCAAUAGCUCAGAUGCAGGUAAAUGUCCAGAACAGUUUAUCUGUGUGAAAGCUGGCAGAAACCCCAACUAUGGAUACACCAGCUUUGACACAUUCAGUUGGGCUUUCUUAUCGCUCUUUCGGCUGAUGACACAGGACUACUGGGAAGAUCUUUAUCAGCUGACUCUACGAGCUGCUGGCAAAACAUACAUGAUUUUUUUUGUUCUAGUCAUUUUUCUGGGUUCCUUCUAUUUGAUUAACUUGAUUUUGGCCGUGGUUGCUAUGGCCUAUGAAGAGCAGAAUCAAGCAACUAUGGUUGAAGCAGAACAGAGGGAAGCAGACUUGCAGCAGAUGCUUGAACAGCUGAGGCGGCAGCAAGAAGAAGCUCAGGCAAUAGUAGCAGCUGCAGCCGAGAUGACCGAGUACAGCGGUGAAAGUGGGAUUGGUGGACCUUCAGAUAGUUCUUCAGAAGCAUCCAAGCUCAGCUCAAAAAGUGCCAAAGAAAGGAGAAACAGAAGGAAGAAAAGAAGGCAAAGGGACCUCUCUGAAGAGGAGGAUGACAUGAAGGUUGAAAAGCUUCCAAAAUCUGAAUCGGAUAGCAGUAUCAGAAGGAAAGGUUUCCGUUUGUCUUUUGAUGGGAACAGACUUGGUUAUGGGAAGCCUUUCACAUCACCCCAUCAGUCUUUACUGAGUGUUCGUGGCUCCCUGUUUUCUCCCAGGCGUAGCAGCAGAACAAGCCUUUUCAGUUUUAAAGAAUAUGGGAGAGACAUAGGAUCUGAAAAUGACUUUGCUGAUGAUGAACACAGCACAUUUGAAGACAAUGGGAGCAGAAGAGGUUCUUUGUUUCUGCCACGCAGACACUGUGAACGACGCAGUAGUAAUAUCAGUGAGGCCAGUAGAUCGUCAAGAAGGCCAACAAUGUUUCCAGUGAAUGGGAAGAUGCACAGCACUGUGGAUUGCAAUGGGGUGGUUUCCUUGAUGGAUGGACCACCAAGUCUGUUGUCGCCUACUGGACAGCUUCUACCAGAGGUGAAAAUAGAUAAACCAACAACUGAUGAUAAUAGCACUGCUACAGAAAUAGAAACAAAAAGGAGGCGUACAAGUUCCUAUCAAAUACCAGUGGAGCUGCUGGAGGAUCCCAGCUUAAGGGAAAGAGCUAUGAGUAUAGCUGGCAUUAUCACAAAUACAAUGGAAGAACUUGAAGAAUCCAGGCAAAAAUGUCCACCUUGCUGGUAUAAGUUUGCCCACACUUUUUUAAUUUGGGAUUGUUGGGAGCCCUGGUUAAAAGUAAAGGCUGUGGUUGAAUUGAUUGUAAUGGAUCCCUUUGUUGAUCUGGCUGUCACUGUCUGCAUAAUUUUAAAUACCUUGUUUAUGGCCAUGGAACAUUAUCCAAUGACUGACAAUUUCAGUAAUGUACUCAAAAUAGGAAAUCAGGUUUUUACUGGAAUUUUUGCAGCAGAAAUGGUUCUGAAGAUAAUUGCCAUGCAUCCUUUUUAUUAUUUCCAAGUUGGAUGGAAUAUCUUCGAUAGUUUUAUAGUUACCCUUAGUUUGGUGGAACUUUUCCUGUCCAAUGUGGAUGGAUUAUCCGUUCUCCGAUCAUUCAGACUGUUGCGAGUUUUCAAGCUGGCAAAAUCUUGGCCGACAUUAAAUAUGCUGAUAAAAAUCAUUGGCAACUCAGUGGGAGCUCUGGGGAAUCUGACCCUGGUGCUGGCCAUCAUCGUGUUCAUUUUUGCUGUGGUUGGGAUGCAGCUGUUUGGGAAAAGCUACAAGGAUUGUGUCUGCAGGAUCUCUGCAAACUGCAAACUUCCACGCUGGCACAUGCAUGACUUUUUCCACUCUUUCUUGAUUGUGUUUCGAGUGCUGUGUGGAGAAUGGAUAGAGACAAUGUGGGACUGCAUGGAGGUUGCUGGCCAACCCAUGUGCCUUACUGUCUUCAUGAUGGUCAUGGUGAUAGGAAACUUAGUGGUGUUGAAUCUUUUUUUGGCCUUGCUGCUGAGUUCAUUCAGUUCAGACAGCCUUUCUCGUACAGAGGAUGAUAAUGAAAUGAACAACUUACAGAUUGCUCUCGCAAGAAUUCAGAAGGGAAUAGAUAAUUUGAAGAAAAAAGCAGGUGAAUGUAUCCAAAGGUCUUGUUGGGGGAAGCAAGCUGUUGUAAAUCAAAGAACAGCAACAGAUCAGUUGAAUGAUGAGAAAGACCAUUGCAUUUCCAACCAUGCCAUCACUGAAAUAAGGAUAGAUACCAAUCAUCACAAAAAUGAGAAUGGAAUGGCUACUGUGAUAGGUGGCAGUGAUUACACAUCCUUCAUAAACAACCCAAGUCUUACUGUCACAGUCCCAAUAGCUGUUGGAGAAUCUGAUUUUGAGCAUCUAAAUACAGAAGAGUUUAGCAGUGACUCAGAUUUGGAGGAAAGCAAAGAGGUUAAUUUUUCGAGCUCAUCUGAAGGAAGCACAGUUAAUUUAGCUCUCUUUGGAGAAGAAAAAGCUGAGACAGAACCAGAAAAAGCAUCAGAGCUACAGGCUUGCUUUACAGAAGGCUGUACACAGAAGUUUAAAUGCUGCAGUGGCAGCAUGGAAAGCGCAAAAGGAAGAGUCUGGUGGAACCUUCGAAAAACCUGCUACAAGAUAGUGGAACACAACUGGUUUGAAACAUUCAUUGUCUUCAUGAUUCUUCUCAGCAGUGGAGCCCUUGCUUUUGAAGACAUCUAUAUCGAACAGCGCAAGACUGUAAAAGUCAUAUUGGAAUAUGCUGAUAAAAUCUUCACUUACAUCUUUAUUCUGGAAAUGGUCUUGAAAUGGGUGGCCUAUGGUUUUCAGACAUAUUUUACCAAUGCUUGGUGCUGGCUGGACUUCCUGAUUGUUGAUGUCUCCUUGGUUAGUUUAGUAGCUCACGCCCUCGGUUUCUCAGAACUCAGUGCAAUUAAAUCCCUCCGAACAUUGAGAGCUUUGAGACCUCUAAGAGCUUUGUCACGCUUUGAAGGCAUGAGGGUGGUUGUCAAUGCUCUUACUGGGGCGAUCCCAUCCAUUAUGAAUGUACUUCUGGUCUGCCUUACAUUCUGGCUGAUUUUCAGCAUCAUGGGGGUGAAUCUGUUUGCUGGCAAGUUCUAUCACUGUGUUAACACCACAACUGGUGAGCAGUUCACACCAGAGGAAGUCAAUAAUGCAACUAUGUGCAAAAGUCUUAUGACCUCUGCUGCGGAUGUCCGGUGGCAAAAUGUAAAAGUAAACUUUGAUAAUGUUGGAGCUGGUUACCUUUCUCUGCUUCAAGUAGCAACCUUUAAAGGAUGGAUGGAGAUCAUGUAUGCUGCAGUUGAUUCUAGAGAAGCAGGGGAGCAGCCCAAGUACGAGGACAACCUGUACAUGUAUCUUUACUUUGUUGCCUUUAUCAUCUUUGGAUCCUUUUUCACUCUAAACUUAUUUAUUGGUGUCAUCAUAGAUAACUUCAACCAACAAAAAAAGAAGCUUGGAGGUCAAGACAUUUUCAUGACAGAAGAGCAGAAGAAAUACUACAAUGCAAUGAAGAAGCUGGGAUCCAAGAAACCACAAAAACCUAUACCUAGACCAGCGAACAAAUUGCAAGGUCUGGUGUUUGAUAUUGUAACAAAGCAAGCAUUUGACAUCAUCAUUAUGGUUCUGAUCUGUCUUAACAUGGUCACCAUGAUGAUAGAAACAGAUGACCAGGGUGAACUGAUGCGAAAUAUUUUAUACUGGAUUAACUUGGUCUUUGUUGUCCUUUUCACUGGAGAAUGUGUCUUCAAACUGUUCUCACUCCGUUAUUAUUACUUCACCAUUGGCUGGAAUAUUUUUGAUUUUGUGGUUGUUAUUCUUUCAAUAGUAGGUAUGUUUCUAGCUAAAGUGAUUGAAAAGUACUUUGUGUCCCCCACUCUCUUCAGAGUCGUGCGACUUGCCAGAAUAGGUCGCAUCCUGCGCCUCAUUAAAGGCGCUAAGGGCAUCCGCACUCUGCUGUUUGCCUUGAUGAUGUCUCUUCCUGCCCUGUUCAACAUUGGGCUGCUGCUCUUCCUGGUCAUGUUUAUCUAUGCCAUAUUUGGCAUGUCCAACUUCGCCUAUGUUAAGAAGGAAGUUGGGAUUGAUGACAUGUUCAACUUUGAGACGUUUGGCAACAGCAUGAUCUGCCUGUUCCAGAUUACCACAUCUGCUGGCUGGAAUAGUUUGCUAGCUCCAAUUCUUAACAGUGGGGAGCCAGACUGUGACCCUAACAAAGUUCAUCCGGGGAGUUCUGUGAAAGGUGACUGUGGCAACCCUUCCGUUGGGAUUUUCUUCUUUGUCAGCUACAUUAUCAUAUCAUUUCUGGUAGUGGUGAACAUGUACAUUGCUGUGAUUUUGGAGAACUUCAGUGUUGCAACUGAAGAAAGUGCUGAGCCCUUGAGCGAGGAUGACUUUGAGAUGUUCUAUGAGGUCUGGGAAAAAUAUGAUCCAGGUGCAACACAAUUCAUAGAAUACAGCAAACUCUCUGAUUUUGCAGCUUCUCUGGAACCUCCUCUUAACAUACCAAAACCAAAUACAAUUCAACUUAUUGCAAUGGAUCUGCCCAUGGUAAGCGGUGACAGAAUUCACUGCCUUGACAUCUUGUUUGCUUUCACAAAGCGUGUUCUGGGGGAAAAUGAUGAGAUGGAUACCCUUAGAGUUCAGAUGGAAGAUCGGUUUAUGGCAGCCAAUCCUUCCAAAGUCUCCUAUGAACCAAUUACAACCACACUGAAACGGAAGCAGGAGGAAUUGUCUGCUACUAUCAUUCAGCGUGCUUACAGACGUCAUCUUCUAAGACAAUCGGUCAAGAAACUUUCGUUUAUGUAUCAGAAAGAUGGGGUUGAUCUGCUCAUGAGAAAAGAUAUGUUUAUUGGUAAGCUAAGUGAAAACUCACCUCCAGAGAAGAUGGAUGUAUCUGCACCCACCACAUCUCCACCUUCUUAUGACAGUGUAACAAAACCUGAAAAAGAAAAAUACGAGGAUGACAAAUCAGAGAAAGAAGAGAAGGGGAAAGACAGAAAAGGAAAUAAAAAGUAGAAGCCAGAGAUUGUCUAUGGUGGAUGUUGACAAGCCUGAAGGUGGCAUUUUUAUCAAUAGCAUUCUUAUUGGAGGAUUAUGCCAAAGUCAGUUUUACCUGGUUACCCACUGCUACUGUCAGUGCCUGUACCAAGACAAUGACUCUUCACUAGCAGACUUUGUAGCGGGGAAAUAACCUUGCAGAAUCAUUUUUAUUAUCAGCUGGCACUAAUUAAGAGUAGACACAAAAUUUCUACUUGGACUGUAGGAAUCCUUUAAUGGAGUGCAAAAUGACCAGUCCUAAUAAGUCUUAAUUUUUGUGGAAUAAGCAUAUCCAUGUUGUAUGUUUCCUCUCCUAUAUAUGUUCUGUGUGUUGCAAUUCUUUCCCUGAUCUCGUUUGUUUUAGUUCACAUACUGUUAUGUGUCAUUCUGCUGUGCUGAGAAAGAAACCUUAAUACCCUUGCAGAGGGAACACAACUGUUGUGAAUACUUGGUCAGGACAUCACAAUGUGAACAUUAGUUCUCUUUGAGCCACUUCUUAAAGCAGAAAACCAAGACUGCAGAUUAUUGAACCUCAGGAUCUAGAUGAAAUCAACAACAGCUGAUAGCAAAACCCCAGAAUAUAGGUAGAGAAUUUAUCAGGAAACAGAGCAAAGGAGUGAUUUUCACAGAAAAGAGGAAUCUACACAUAACCUUCUCACGAAUGACUUUUAUUGCUGUCUGUGACACUUUGCCAUUGGGAAACCGAAGAUCUGGAAUGAAUUGGUAAUUGGUAAGAGGGCUACGAGGAUGAUGAAGGGACUGGAGGGCAUGGCUUGUGAGGAGAGGCUGAGAGACUUGGGACUUUUUAGUCUGGAGAAGAGAAGACUGAGAGGGGAUUUGGUAAAUGUGAAUAAGUAUCUGAGGUCUUGUCAGAAGUGGGGAGACAGGUUCUGCUCACUUGCUCCCUGUGAUAGGACAAGGAGCAAUGGGUGUAAGUUGCAGCACAAGAGGUUCCACCUCAACAGAAGGGGGAACUUCUUUACUGUAAGGGUCCCAGAGCACUGGAACAGGCUCCCCAGAAUAGUUAUGGAGUCUUUUUCCCUGGAGACUUUCAAGGCCUGUUUGGAUGUGUUCCUGUGUGACAUGUGCUAGGUUGUGUGGUCCUGCUCUGGCAGAGGGGUUGAACUCGAUGAUCUCCUUGGGUCCCUUCCAACCCCUAACAUCCUGUGAGACUGUAAUUGCAGUAUGAAUUGGUAAUUGCAAUUUUCUGCUAAUUACAUGAACCAAGUUUUGAUAAGGAAUCAUUUUCAAAGCAAUGGACAGUGCAGUUCUUUUACUGAUCAGUAAGCAGAUCUUUGUCUGUGAAACAAGAUGGAAGGGUUUCUUUUGAAAUUAGAAUCCCACCUGUCAAUUUUCAGGGUAAUGUUAGUCACAUUUUCUCCCCUCUGUCAGCUUCUCUUGGAUUCAUGCUGCAGUAGAAGAGCUUUAAAUGUAAUCUGUUACUCAAAAUCUUUCUUCAUGAGAAUGAACAGGGAACUUGUGCACUGGGCAGUGGAGCACUUCAUAUCUCUUAUAAAAGAAGUAGAAUACGGAUGGGCUCUUGCUUUUCCAGAAACUAUUGGCUCACAGUGUAAUGGUGAACUGCAUGCAGAAAUUUGUUUUACCAAAACUAACUACAUUGCUAACAAGCCAAAAGAAUAAACUUUUUAUGCACAUGC